CAAGGCGACCGGCCCAGCACGAGCACGACAAUGGAGCCCAUGGAUGUCGACGACUUUCAGAAUGCCUCGGACGCCUUUCUCAAGUGGCUGAAGGAAUCUGGCGCAACCAUUUCUCCGAAUAUCCAACUUGCAGAUCUCAGAGACCGAGCUGCUGGACGAGGUGUUGUGGCAACGAAGGACCUGGCCGAAGACGAAGAGCUGUUCAGCAUUCCGCGAUCGUCCAUCUUGACGGCUGAAACUUCAGACCUGCCAGCCGCUGUGCGAAAAGAGAUCGACCACCCAUGGCUAUCUCUGAUCUUAGCCAUGGUCUACGAAUACCUCAAAGGCGACGACUCUCCAUGGCGACCCUACUUCGAUCUCCUCCCCGAAUCCUUCGACAGCCUCAUGUACUGGCCUGACGACGAACUCCAAUACCUCCAAGGCAGUGCCGUAGUCGACAAGAUCGGCAAAGUAACCGCCGAUUCCACCUUCAGCGAACAACUAAUCCCCAUCAUCGCCCAACACGCCGACACCUUCAAAACCGCCAGCCGCAGCAACGACGAACUUCUCGCGCUCUGCCAUCGCAUGGGCAGCACGAUCAUGGCCUACGCCUUCGACCUCGAGAAGCCCGAAUCCGAACAAAAUGCAAAGGGAGAUGAAGAGUGGGAAGAAGAUGAAGAAGAGAGCGCUACACUUCCCAAAGGCAUGGUUCCACUCGCCGACAUGCUGAACGCCAACGCCGACCUCAACAAUGCCAAACUCUUCUACGAAGAUGACAAAGUCGUCAUGAAGACAAUCAAACCCGUCUCAGCCGGUGAAGAACUCUACAAUGACUUCGGUCCUCUGCCACGUGCGGAUCUGCUUCGUAGAUAUGGAUACGUCACAGAUCGCUACGCAGCGUACGAUGUCGUGGAAAUUUCUUCCGAUUUGAUCAAAGAGCAGACGAAAGCACAACUCAAACUCUCGGAACAAGAGACUGAUGAGAAGUGGCAGUAUGCUGAAGAGCAAGGUGUCGGAGACGAUGCAUAUGAUGUCUCACGAGCAAGCAGUGAAGAAGGACAAUUUCCUGACGAACUGUGCGUGUUGCUGAAUUUGCUUGCAACGCCCAAGGCAGAAUUCGACAAGUUGAAGAAGAAGGAUAAGCUGCCUAAGACGGACCUCACAACCGAUGCGAAGAGGUUGCUGCGUGCGGUGCUUGUGCAUCGGUACGCCGUUUACCCAGAAUCAUCUUCCAGUAUGGAUCAGGACCUCGCCGGACGCCGCGCCAUGGCCAAGCAAGUCAUCGAUGGCGAGAAACAAGUCUUGCAAGAAGCCGUCGCUGCAGUCACAGAAGCCAAUGCCAACAAGAAAAGAUCUGCUGACACCCUCGAAGACGAAGCCAACGCGAUUCGACAACCGACAAAGAGGUGAACGACAUGCGAUCAGACAAAUAUUUCUUCGUACAAUGGGGUAUCAUCGCUAUCCUAUAAUUUACAACAAGAAGUCCAUCCUCUGUUGCCA